UCCAUUAAUCCUCCUCGUACAAUGUAAAUCUUUGCAGCCCCACGCCACUUUACCAUCAAUCAAACAAACCUCUUUUUUCCCCUUGCAUCAUCCCAUUGACUAUCAACAAAGAAAAAAGAAAUCCAAUAUUGGAUUUUUCUUUCCUUUUAUGGAGAUUUCUUCUUCGUUGUAAUCCAAUGAUGAUGUCAUAAAUACACCCCAAAAGAAGUAAAUGGAUCCAGAGAGAACCCAUGGCAGCAGUAUAAGCGACCUCUUCAUUUGUUUCACUUCAGGCCAUUAUUUCAGUAGGAGAAUAAUGGUGAGAAACAAUAGUAGCUUGAAAAGUGGUGAACAAAAAGCUUCUCCAAUGUUCUCCAAUGGCAAGAAGAAAGGCCCUGGUUUUGAAAACCCUGAGCCCUCUUCCCCUAAGGUUACUUGUAUAGGUCAAGUUAGGGUCAACAAGAGCAAGAAACAAGGGAGAAAGUUGAGACCUUGCAGCAGAUCUAACAAUGGAGGUAACAGUACAAGCCAAGAUUGCAGGAGAUGGGUGCAUUUGCCGAUGACUAUCUGUGAAGCACUGAGGGCAUUUGGUGCUGAAUAUUUCUAUUGCCUUUUGCCUUGUACCAGGUCUUCUUCUUGUAUGGCCAACAACAAAGAAGACAAAGCAGGAGGAAGAUCUGGUGAAGAUCAACCUAGGGUUUGUGUUUCAUCAUCUUCUCCACCGAGGGAUGCUUUGUUGUUGAUGAGAUGCAGAUCUGAUCCUGUAAAUAUGGCUGUUUUUGCCGACAAGAUUUGUUGGGAAACUCAGGAAGAACAAGGCCAACAAGAAAUUACAGCAAUAAAGGAAGAAACUUUAACCCAAGUUUCAUCUGAUGAUCUUGAGAAACCACAAGAAGAAGAAGAGGGUUCAAGCUCUACUUCGACCCAAGAAAGAUCCCAAAUUGAAUGCCCGGAAGCCAUGGAACCCGACCCGGGAGAUGAGUCAAAGGAGAGUGGAAGUCAGCAGAAUUCAUUGCCUGAUUGUUUGUUGUUGAUGAUGUGUGAGCCGAAGCUGUCAAUGGAGGUAUCCAAGGAGACAUGGGUGUGUAGCGGGGAUUUCAUCAAGCAGCCAUUGGUCAAGCAAAAGGUCGGUGUAGAUGAGCCUCCGGCGGCGGCGACUUCUUGCUCUUUGGUGGCUGAUCCACCGUUGGUUACGGAGGCGAUUACUGCGGCUGAUGCAACCGGCGGCAUUGGGUCUACGGCAACUGUGGUUGAUCAGAAGCCGUUUGUGUUGACGCGCUGCAUGUCUGAGCCGAUAAGAUCAUCAGCUAAGCUUGCUCCAAAUGCUUGCUAAUAGAAGAAGAUGAAUGUUGAGCCGACUACUGUUGGAGUCGGUUUUUGAUGAGCCGAGC